GCCCCCGUGACGCUGCACGUCUACAGCCUGGGCAAGUCCCGCCAGAUGGUGGUCGUGAACGCGUUGCUGAGCACGGUCGGCUCGGGCGCCUACCACUGCGGCGUCGAGGUGCACGGUCGUGAAUGGAGCUUCCGCGGCACGGACGACCGCAAGACGGGCAUCUUCUCGUGCACCCCGAAGCGCUGCUCGGACCACACCUGGCACACGUCCGUGCCCAUGGGUAGCGUGCGGCUGUCCGUGGACGAG